GAGAUCGAGGGUCCCACCCACCGCCCCAUCCUCUUCUCUGUGCACUCUCUUUGGCUCCCGUCUGCUUUUCUUUGCUGCAAACGAAGCACCAUAAUCCCUCGAUGCUCACUCAAAAACCGCAGUACUGAGUACCGUCACAUCCGUCCAAAACGUUACUUUCUACCCGUGCCAGCAGUCAGCCAGCGGAACACGGAAGCAACGAAACGGAACCACAGGAAAAUAACCACUAAAUAUCCAUCCGCACCAGGUGGAGACUCGAUCGCCGAUAAAGUGUUGCCUCCAAUUCCGUUAUUCCGUGUCCCCAAUACCAAUACAACGCGACCGCCGCCGCAACGGACAGCAUGUCGAAACGAGUCGUGUGUGUUCGUUGUUUAUUACAAAAAUGAGCAAGAAAAAAACGUGCCGCAUCUUCCACCUUUCCCGGGCCACACAAACAAGGAAUCCCGUUCCAGAAGAAGGAACAUCUAA